CUCUGCUUUUCAUCGGGAGCACAGCGCCGCUGCUCGAGCGCCCGUGUAGCGACCGUCGUGGCAGCGCGCGCCGCUCCAGUCCGCGCUCCGCUCUCUCGGUGCUGCACGCUCUGAGCCGUCCUCGCCUUCGCGUCCCGCGCGGACUACCGGCUGUACGCGCGCCACUGCGGUACCGCUUUUAACGGAGAAAGACGCGCGUGCGACGCGCCUGGGAUUUGCUUUUGCUAUUUUUUUCUUCCUUCAGCCCUUUUUUAUUAUUUUCUUCAUCCUUUAAUCGGACGCGGCACCUGCGCGCGAGGAGCUACUCGGACGUGCGGGAACUCCACGGAGGACUGCCCCCGAAGUUGCCCCCCCUCCCUUCCCUGCCCCCGCGCGCGGAUCAGGAUGGGACCCCUCCUCGUCACCAUCGUCCUCUGCGUGAGCGCGGCCGUCCCGCAUCUCGCCAAAGCAGGGGGAAUAUGUGAGCCAAACCCGUGCGAGAACGGAGGUGCAUGCCUCUCGGCUCUGAGCAACGAGGCCUACACGUGUGAGUGUCGUCCAGGCUUCACAGGGCCAAACUGCGCUAGUAAUAUGGAGGUUGCAGCAGAUGGUGAAGACUCAAGUUCAGGUGGGACAUUUUUAGGACCUUGUCACCCGAACCCAUGCCACAAUGGAGGAAUGUGUGAAAUCAGCGAGACCUACCGGGGCGACACCUUCAUCGGCUACGUCUGCAAGUGCUCCACCGGCUUCAAUGGUGUCCACUGCCAGCACAAUGUUAAUGAAUGUGAAAGGGACCCAUGUAAAAAUGGAGGGAUAUGCACAGAUCUGGUGGCUAACUACUCCUGCGAAUGCCCUGGAGAGUACAUGGGAAGAAACUGCCAGUAUAAAUGUUCCGGUCCUCUUGGAAUGGAAGGCGGAAUAAUCUCCAACCAGCAGAUCACUGCCUCCUCCACCCACCGCGCUCUCUUCGGCCUGCAGAAGUGGUACCCCUACUUUGCCCGGCUCAACAAGAAGGGUCUGGUGAACGCCUGGACGGCUGCCGAGAACGACAGAUGGCCCUGGAUUCAGAUUAACCUGCAGAGAAGGAUGCGGGUCACAGGCCUGAUAACCCAGGGGGCCAAGCGCAUCGGCAGCCCAGAGUACGUCAAGUCCUACAAAGUGGCCUCCAGCGACGACGGAAAGACCUGGAGGACGUACAAAGUCAAGGGCACGGACGAGGAUAUGAUCUUCCGGGGAAAUGUCGAUAAUAACACUCCCUCUGCCAACUCGUUCACGCCGCCCAUCGAGGCCCAGUAUGUGAGGAUCUACCCGCAGGUCUGCCGGAGACACUGCACACUUCGCAUGGAGCUGCUGGGCUGUGAACUCACAGGAUGCUCUGAACCGCUGGGGAUGAAAUCCGGCCACAUUCAGGACUACCAGAUCACAGCGUCCAGCAUUUUCCGGACGCUCAACAUGGACAUGUUCACCUGGGAGCCCGGCAAAGCCCGACUCGACAAGCAGGGCAAGGUCAACGCCUGGACAGCUGGACACAGUGACCAGUCCCAGUGGCUACAGGUGGACAUGCUUGUUCCAACCAAAAUCACAGGUGUUAUUACCCAGGGGGCCAAGGAUUUCGGCCAUGUGCAGUUUGUGGGCUCGUACAAGGUCGCUUUUAGCAACGACGGAGAAAGAUGGCACAUAUAUCAAGACGAGAAACAAAAGAAAGAUAAGGUCUUUCAAGGAAACUUCGAUAACGACACGCACAGGAAAAAUGUGAUAGAUCCGCCCAUCUACGCCCGCUUCAUCCGGAUUCUUCCGUGGUCGUGGUACGGAAGGAUCACUUUGCGUGCGGAAUUACUUGGAUGCACGGAGGAAGAGUUGGAGUUUAAUGCUUUGUAGGAUAAAUUCCUAUAAAUAUAUAUAUAUAUAUAUAUGAUGUAUGUCCUCAAUUUUGUGUGAUUUUUUUUUUUUUCUUUUUCUUUUUUUUUUUCAAGUUGAAAUUUCUGGCCCUAUGUUCUGAGUGAAUAUUUGUCACUUGUUUUUUUUUUUAUUUCGGUGGGCUUUUGCGACGGGGCUUUUGGGGUUAUUUCACUGUGUUUAAGCAGUGGGAUGUCCACUGUAAUGGUGUCACUUUUAAACGGAAAAAAAAAAUGAUAACGCUACGCUUCAUGGACCAUAAUCCAAACUGUAAACUGUAGCUCAUAACCGAAUCAAAAAUCAAAAAGUUAACACACUUUCAGAAGCACUACUACUACUAAUAAUAAUAAUAAUACAGUGUAGAUUUUUACGUUCCUCCUUUUUGUUUUUCAUAUUUUUUAACACUUUAUCGAAACUAAGAUCAUAUGACACUGACGUGUUGUGUAGAGGAAAAUCCGAGGCUCUUGUAUUAUAUGUAAAACACUAAAAUUACUGCAUGGCGCAUAAAUUAUAGUAGAUGUGUAAGACAGUUAAUUCCCUGAACAUUGUCUUUUUGCUCCUAAUUAAACAUUUCUUAUCACAUGAAUUGAUGAUCAUUUUGAAUCUUCUUUUUUAAUUUUUAAGUUCAUUUCUUAAAAAAAAAACACACACAAAAAGACACUAAUGUAUACUAGUAUCGCACAGAAAUAGUCAUUAAAUUGAACAAAUUGAACGAGUGGCAUAAAAAAGAGUGUAACAAACUCUAAAUAAGCUUUUGCCUAAUUUGUCGUAGGUACAUUCUAACCAAAAAUAAAGGUGUGACAAAAAGGUUCUUUAAGCGAUGCCAUAGAAGAACUGUUUUUUGGUUCCAUCACAAACAAUUUCUGAGAAUUUUAAAGGUAUCUAAGACGUUUUUAAAGGUUUAAAUAAAUGUAAAAAUUGUAAAAUAAUAUUUACCUAUUUAAAGUUUCCAGAGUCGCUGCUCCUGAAAUUAUUCAAUUAUUCACUGAUGCUUUAUUUAUAUUUAGAUAAGUGUUACAGUUUACAUAAAUAGGAGAUAUAACAAAAAGAGAAAAGUUUAUGUGUUGCUUUUAAAUUCUGAAACACAAUCCUAAAAUAUAAUAUUUCAAGUUUCCAGAGCAGCAAGAUUCAACAGCUUUCAUAGGUUCUCAGUUUAUAGACAAUGACUCAAAUUUUGUUGCACUCAAACAACAUAAAAUCUAUAUAUUUUUGUUAAGUUUAAUAAAAGCCUUAAAAUCUCCUAUAAAAAAUAUUAGGAUUUAUUGGAAUUUUUAAGGGAAAUUUUAAUUUUGAGCAAUCUAUUUUUGAAGUUUUAUUAUGGCCAAUCUUAUUAUUAUUAUUAUUUUUAAAUAUACCUCUGUAUAACCGACAGUUUGAGAUGAAAGUCUGUGGUAAAAUCAGACCACAAAUGCAAAUAAAUAAAUAAAUAGCUGUUUACAGUUACAUAACAAUUAUAUUUAUUAAAAACCUGUGAAACUGUCAUAUGCUAAAAUAAUCUUAAUUAGAAAAUUCAUAAAAAAAAUAAUUAAUGUGGGUUGAGAACUUAAAAGGCUAUUAACAGACCUUUGAUCUUAAAGGUUUAACUUAAAAACAAUCUUCUAUGGAAUUGUUUAAAGAACCCGUUGCUGCACCUUUUUAUUUCUGAGAGUGUACAGUCCUGAUUGGAUGUUUCAAUAGAAAAAAAGUGCUCUUCAAAGACGAAGCUACACCUGUAGAUUUGUCGUGCAAUCUAGGUUUGUAUGUAAUUAAGGCUUUUGAAUGUUUUAAUCUGGGAAAUAAUGUCCAUUUUGGCAAUUACACAUGUAGAAUCCAGGGCUAAAAUUUAUCUCUGUUAUUUCUGUUAUAAGUUAUUGCUGUUACUGUGUGAAUUUGUUUGCUACAGACUUCUAAUUGAAUGUCAAAUUUUUGUCUCAGCAUUUUUGUCUUAGAUUCUUUGUUGACUGCUUAUUGCUACAUUGCUCAGCUAAACUACUGUAUUUUUUAGUUUGUUUUUUUUUUGUUUGUUUUCCAUUAAUGUAAAAAAAAAAAAGAACCUCAGGUUAGAAGUCACAAGUAACCCUCUUUUUUGUAUCGCUAACAGUCUUUAGUAUAUAUAUAAUUUUUCUUUCAGCAAAAAUCCAUCCACUAAAAAUGUCAUUAAACUCUUAAUAAAUGUAUUAGCAGGUGCUUAUCAGACAAGAAUGGGGAUUACUAGCAUCCAAAAUACCUGAAUACUUUUUUUAUAGACUAUGAUAUAAUUGCUAUGGUGAAAUUGCUUGUUUUUGCUCACUUUUUUGUUUCUUUGCACAAAAACUAUCAUUAAACCUUUUCAUUAAAGCUUUUUUAUUCAUAGAAAUACAAACCAUCAAUCAAAUGUACAAAAACGAAAUGAUAAUGAACAGAAGAAAAGAUAUUUGUACUUAUUCUUUGAAAUGUACAGUGAAAACCAUUUGGAUUGUUAAAUCACUGGGAAUUUGCAUUGUGGUGUUUUUUAUUGUUUUAUUGUUUUUAUUUUGGAAUUUUAUUUUUUAGUCGGACUCAGAAUAAAGUAUGAAAAUCUUUGAACUGACAUUUUUUUUAAAUGGAAUGGAGUUUGGAAAUUGACAUAAGUAUUAGAAUCUGCGAUUAUAAAAUGUCAAAAUUUCUAAUUUAUCUCAUUUAAACAUUUAAAUUUGAAAUUUCCCAUUUUUAUAUGCUGUUAAAAGAUACAUUCAGAUAAAAAAAAUAGAUCUGUAAAUCUUCAUAUCUAUACAAUUCCAAUCUGUACAUUUGAGUUUCAGAUUAAAAAAGAGCUUUAUUAACUCAUACUUCUGAUCUAUAUAAAAAUCAGUCUAUACAUAAAUUCAGCCCUAUUUGAUUAAAAACUAUAAAAUUCAUAUUUAUAUCAGAGGUAAAAACUCUUUUUAAUUUUUUUUUUGUUCCGAUUCAGAUCAAAUUCAGAUCAAUAAAUUCAUUUUUUUUUAGUUCAAAACUUGAAAACUUGAAAACUUCAAAAUGCAAAAAUAAGUCAGAAAAUUUUAAAAAAUAAUAAUAAAAAAAAAGAAAAUAAGUUUUUAAAAAUAAUUUUAAGAAACAAAUGAGUGAAACAAAUUUUAAUUGUAUGGAUCUGAAUUUUAAAAUGUAUUUACUCAAUGCUAAAUUUCACCAACCUACAUGUUCAAAAGACAAAAAAAGUAUAAAAAAAUUAUUUACGUUUAACAAAAGUCAAUGCAAUUUAAUUUAAAUAUAUAAAAACGCAGAUUCAAAUACUUAUGUCAGAUUUCACCCUCCAUAAAAGCGAUACACCAUUAAAGCACUGGCUGUUCCUAAAGUCACCCAUUUCACACAUUACCCUGUAGUUAAAUAAAUUACAUAUAAGAGGCCAUUAAGCUCCAUAUUGUGAUAACAUCUGCAGAAUCCAUCAUCUGUUCAACCUUGAAUGUGAUGUGUACAAAAAAACAACACAUAAACAAAAGGGAAAAAAGAAAAAAGAAAAAAAAAAAACGACAUUAGCAUUAAUGUUUCUCCACAGUGUGGUGUGACACGGAUGGUGACAUACUUAUCAUGUACAGUUAACAUCGAUUUUCUAACAGAUAAAUGUUGCGACGCAUCAUACGAGUGAGACAUGUGUUUGUAUUGAGUUUAUUUUGGAUUUUUUUUCUGAGUUGAAUUAAUGAACAUAUAUAUGGAGGUGAUAAUGGUAGUCCUUGUCUAAUGUUUCCCUGUGUCUGUAAGGUUCUCUUCUAACUGUUCAAAAUGACUCGUGUGCACAUAUUGUAACAGUUUUGUACAGACUUUUUGGGGGAUAACAAUCUGAGAAGAUUAAAAUGGAACAAAAAAAAAAGAAAAAAAUGCCCUGAAAACGUCCACAGGCACAUUUUAUAAAAAAAUGAUAUGUAUAUUGGUGAGUCCGAUAGUCCAGUAUUUCCAUUUUGUGUGCUGUGAAUAGUGACUUUUGGGAAAAAAAAAGGAAAGAAUUAUUUAGAGCUAUAAAUCAGGGGAACCCUCUGGGGCACACAGAAUGAUUAUUAUUAUUUUUUUGGUUUGUUUUUUUAUUUUUUUAUUUUUUAGACAGCUUUUCCAAAAUAAAAGUCAUCCCUCAUUAUUUCCAUUCAAUCUCAAGCAAGUGCUAUCUGGCAAAAUGUACCAUUUCUAUGCCAAUUAGUCAAAGCCUGAAGAGUGUACAGAAAAGAGAAGCCAUCGCCACCAAUUGACCGCUCUUUGGUUUGACGAAUAAAAUGAAGUCUGUGAAAUAAA